GUUUAUCAACGUACACAAUGGACCGGCAAUACCCUCCGAAGACCCUGCGGUCAUCAUUUCACUAUCAUCUCCUGUUCGGCUCGGUCGUGCGUAUAUUGCUAUUUGUGCGGCAGCAACGUCGCGCGCUUCUUGUACGCCAUACGUGUUUUCAUAUAUAAUUUCGUUUCGAGACUCUUCUACACACGACAAUAAAAUAUUUUACGUGACGAGGUUGCACAUCUACGUACGAUAAUAAUAUUAUAGAGCAGUAGCUGGUGCGCUAAACGGUAAAGUAGUGCGUGUGUCACACGACGUCUGUUCGUUCGUUUUUUUUUUAUGUUGUAAAUAAUCAUGUAAUAUCUGUAUCGUCGACUCGAUUCGUUCGCACAUGGUUUUUUCUGAAACGACGUCAUCGGAUCCAUCGACAUCGUCCAUCGCCACAACAGAUACAAUGAUUAUUUUACUAAUGUUGUUGGCUAUGCUACAUACCGGAUUGGCAGCCAUCGCCGGAUACGAAGAAGUAGAAAAUAAUCUAAUUACAAAAUUAGGUUUAACCCGAAGACCUGUAGUAGAAAAAAAUAUGAAGAUACCGUCUGUCACAAUGGAACUGUAUAAAUCAAUAUUAGAAGAAAACAAUGCAAUGACCACUCAUUUUCCUCUUCCUGGUUUGCACACAACGUCUGCUAAUACUGCUAGGACUUAUUCCAACAAAGGAUCAGCUCCAAAUAAUGUUAAAUCUAAAAAAUAUAGGCUACAGUUCGAUAUAGAUUCUAUACCAGAACGAGAUCAGGUUAAAGCUGCUGAAGUCCGUUUUACAAUGAUAUACGAUACAGAACUUCGAAAUGAAGAAUUUAUUCAUGUGCUUAUACAUGAUAUAGUCCAACCCGGCACGAAGGGCCUGUCAAAACCUAUUCUCAGAAUUAUCGAUUCGAAAUCAAUCAAUAUGUCAAAAGUAUCAAAGUCAGAAGUUAUCAGUUUUGACGUAACACCUGCUAUAGAGAGACUGUCGAGGAACAAUUUCAAAGAAAAUCACGGUAUGCUAGUACAAUGCGUCACGGAGUCUGGUAGUCACACACAUUUGCUCAGCGUGUUUGAUUUCGUAUCACCUGAAAAGACAUUGCUGUUGGUCUACACCGAUGACGGAACAAGCGAGAAAAGCACGCUGGAACGGAUGAUGCGGCGGAGCAAACGGUCGACCGACGAGCCGGCAGCAGGGCCGCCGAAGAGAUCGAAAAAGAAGAAGAUCUGCCAGCGGUACUCGAUGUACGUGGACUUCAAGGAUGUCGGGUUUAGCGAUUGGAUUCAGGCGCCGCCGGGCUACGAAGCGUUCUACUGCCACGGGGAGUGCACGUUCCCGUUGGCCAAUCACAUCAACGCGUCCAACCACGCGGUCAUGCAGACGCUGAUGAACUCGUACAACCCGGCGGCGGUUCCGCGGGCGUGCUGCGUGCCGACCGAGCUCAGUUCGCAGACGCUGCUCUACGUGGACGACGACGGCAAGUUGGUGGUGAAGAACUACCCGGAAAUGAUCGUGAAAGAAUGCGGAUGCAGAUGAGACCGGCCGUCGGAUACAAUAAUAAUAUUAUGAUAGGUGUUUUUUACUUUCCGAUUCGACGACAUCGCACCGCGUGAUGCUACAGUUUGCCGGCCGUGUGUGCAAUAAACCCUCGGGUGUGUAUACGUCAUAGUAUGUUGUUCUGUUAUUACGUAAUGUAAAACCGUGUCUCGUUUUUGACCAGGAAACGGUCGAUAUAUAUGCAAUAAUAUGUAAUGUACACGAUGCCGUGUAUAAUAUUUGCAGUGUGCGAGUGCGUGUGCUCUUCCUCAAAGUCAAAGUCGCUCUAUAGCGGUGACUGCGCCGAACGUUUAAAAAAAAAACACCUAUUUUUUCUGUUCUACCCACCGAAAUCGAUAUAAAUAAAUAGACAACUUUUUUUUUUUUUUUGUCAAUACCAUGUAAAUAAUAAUGUAAAUAGAAAAAUAAGUGUAAAUACCUGAAAAUGGGCAUGAUUGUAAAAAAAUAAAUUAUUAGUCUAGUCCAAAAAAAUACAAUUCAAUUUUAAUGUUGAAUAAUCAUGAAUCAUGAUUCACGACGAUUGUGCCUUAGACAUAUUACGUUUAUAAAAUAAAAAAUCCUAACAUGAAUUGUUGUUACUA